AUGGGACCGACAGAGGACGACAACCAGGGACCGGUGCUCAAGGACGAAGACGUCGUCGCCGUCGGUUCGAUUUCCAACGUCCUUCGGCGCGCGUUCCGAGACUACUACACGGACGACUUUGACGAGCGGCUCAACAGCGAAUGGGCGACACCGGCGCCAAAGACGACCAGCGAAAACCAUUCCAACGACGCCGACAACAACGACAACAACAAUGACCAAGCGACAGAUGCACCCGAGGAGCCCGAACAUCCCUAUUUGGUGUAUGGCCGCCAACGCGUCGCCGAAGUGGAAGCCGACCUUCGGGCCAAGGUGCAGCAGGCCACCGACCUGAUGGCGCUGCUCGAGACCCGCCGCCGCGAAGCCUUGGAGAAGGACGAUGCGCAGGCGCGGGAGCUCAUCAAGCAAGGACUCGUCGUGAAGGCCCAAAUCCCAAUCGGACCCUCCAACUUCCGCCUUGACCCCGCCGAGCUGGAGCCGUUUGGUAGUGAAUUUGCCCGGUCGCUGAUCCAGGCGCGCACGCUGCUGGAAGAGAACCAUCUCAAAAUGCUCGAUCGGUCCGGCAACGGCCCCACGGCGCAGAUCAAAGCGGCCAAGGCGGCGAUCGAGACCCCGGGGUACCUCAAGUCGACGUCGACGGUUCAAACCCGCAAGGACACGACGUUGCACAAGUUUCACAUGAACGAGCACGGCGACGACGAGUACAUUAGCGACUUUGUUGACGAGGUCGUGCCACGCGCCAAGCCCAAGCCCAAGGCGGUUGCGCACACGAUUUCGACGGACGACGCAGCGAUCAACAACAAGAUUCUACACCGCAUGCAGAGCACGCUCAAUUUUGUGCGAAACCCGCGCUUCGAUACCGCCAAAAUAACGCUGGAGUCGGAGCCGCCGUUUGUUGUGCAGCCCCACCCCGUCGAAUUUUUGGCCUACGAGAUUGGCGGCAUUUACGAACAGCUCGUUUUGAUCAAAAACAUGAGUGCAAUCAGCUGUCGGUGCCGUGUACUGCCGCCAGCGACGGCGUUCUUUAUGAUUGCAUCGGUUCAAUUCCCAGAUGCGAGCGGGCUUAUUGCGCCAGGGCUCAGCUGCCAAGUGCGCAUUCAAUUUGCGCCCGAUACGCGCGCCGACUACAACGACGUGUUUGUCGUCAUGAUGGACACACCGCAGGGCACGGAUAUACCGGUGCAAGUGCCCAUUUUAGCGCACCGUGAGCCACCGCAGCUCUCGAUUCCGUCGACGCUGCAAGCCCACUGCUGCUUGAUCGGAGGUGACACGUGCGUCACGACGAUUUCGUGCCUCAACCAAGGUGGCCGUGGCCGUUUUUGGCUCAUGACCGAAGAUGAAUGGGAGAACGCGCUGUUGCACUCGUCGCUGAUCGACCACAUCAAUGCGCUCGCGCGCGAGCCCCUGCCCGCGGUACGAUCCUGCGUCCACGCUGCCCUUUGCGUCGGGCCCUUUCAGCUCUCCCCGAGUGCCUUUGAUCUCCAAAAAGGCGCCGUUGUCGAGCUCAAACUAACGUACACACCGACCAUGGUCGGGCAUCAAGUGGUGCCGUUCGUCGUCGUGUGCGACAACUGUCUGGUCAAGACCUUCCAGUUGGCGGGCGAAGGGUGUGAGAUUUACGUAUUCCCAAUCGCGGUCAACCAGACGGCGAUCGAGACCAAAGUGCAAACCAUGGGGCCGUUAGACCGCCUGCUCUUUCCGCCGCUAGUCGUCGAAUCGUCGUCGUCGCAGACGUUUGAGCUUUGGAACGACACGCGGCUCGACUUGCCCUUCAAGUGGCAGCUGCAGGAGCCCAGCGUGUUUCGUGUCGCCCCGCCGCAGGGCACACUCACGCGUCAAAGCGCCCUCCGCUUCCACGUCACGUUCGAGCCGACGAAAGUUGCGUCGUUUGCGACGACCGCCAGCUUGAUGAUACUGAACGUGCCACCCUUUUGCUUGCCCGUACGCGCCGCUGACCGCGUCGACGGAGUGCGCCCUCCGUUGACAAGCGUGGUGGCGAUGCAGCUGCUUCUCGAAGGCACGGGGCGACAUGCGCUCGUCAAGGUCGCACCAAGUGUUGUGGCGUUCGGCGCCGCCGUGCCACAGCAGCAGCCCCUUGCCGUCAACUUGACGUUGACCAAUUCGAAUGACACGCAAGUACAUUUCGACUGGCACGCGCUACCCCCUAAUGCAACGAUCACGCCCACGACCGGCGUAUUGAGCGCCAAUAGCUCGACCAUCGCCAAGCUCCAGUACACCCCACUACUCACGGGCGGGUUUGCGCUGCCGCUGACGUGCCACAUUGGCCAAGGCCUCAAGGAGCCGAGCGACAACGUCUCCGUUUGGGUCGAAGGCACUGUGCCACGCCCGCACAUUCGGCUCCUCUCGCCCGAGAUUGACUUUGGGCUUGUCUCGGUCGGGCACUCGGCGACGCAAGUGCUGCGCUUCCGAAACGAAUCGACAGCAAUUACAAGCUACCGCUUCUCGCACGUCGGCGCCUCCGUGCACAACCCCGCACCGCUCAAACGCUCCAACUCCAACGAGUCGCUGCUCUCGCGCUUUUCCAUGGUGUCAUCCGAAGCGAGCAAGACCGACGACGAAAAAACCGACACUCCUCCUCGAUGCGUCAUCACAUUCACCCCCGAAGAAGGGUCGCUUUUGCCGGGCGAGGUGGGCCAAGUCUCGGUGCUGUGCAUGUCGGGCAAAUACCCUGAACGCUUCCGAGCGUCGUUCCAGUGCGAAUUGCUGCAGGAGCCGCUCACGUGCGCCAGUUUCAUCUCGGCCCGCGCCGAGAUUCAAUGUCCGCAAGUGUACUUGACGAUCACGCGCAUCAACUUGGGCACGACCUACAUUGGCGUGCCAGUCCAAGCUACGUGCCAACUCAUCAAUGUGUCCAACCUGCCAGCGUCCUUCAAGUGGGUCGAGCCCCAAGGUCGCUCCAAGGCGUAUACGAUUGAGUUUGAGCCCAAAGCUGGCAACCUGAUCUCGAAAGAGUCGCUCACCAUCACGGUGACCUUCACCGGUCGCGUGCCGGGUUUUACGAACGCUGUCUUUGCCUGCAACGUCCGCGGACUCUUGGCGCCGUUGGGGUUUGAACUCAGUACGCUCCAAAAAGGACUCGUGCUGUCGUACGAGCUCCUCAAACCCAACGAUCCCCUUCCGGAGCUCGUGCCGCACACGGACGCGCCGGCCGGCGCCUUGCUGCCCAAGCUGCAGUUUGGCGAAGAAGUCGCGCUCUUUGAGCGCAAAACGCUUCGUCUCUUGAUCCGCAACCACAGUGGGAUUCCGGCCAAAGUGUCGUUUGAAGCCAAGAAAUACGCUGCCGCCACAACUGAGACGCCCCCGGAAAACCUUCUGGAGCCCCCGCAGAAUGUCUUUCAAUCGGCCCAAGGGCAGCAGUACAAGGCCGAGCAAGCCAACGUGCUAGAAGACCGCCGGGUGCUCAGCCUCGGUCACGGCGUCGCUCUUGUGUGCUAUCCUGCAGCACUGACGAUUGCCGAGUGGGAGCAAGCGGUCGUCCACAUUACGUGUUUCAACAACAUGUCGGGGCGCUACGUCGACGAUAUCAUUGUGAAAUUGGACACGAUGCCCCCGGUGCGACUGAGUGCGACCAUCAAUGUCGUCGGGUGCCCCCUCAGCAUCAACCCCAACUGCGUCGGUCUUCUCAUGAAGAACGCGGGGGUGUGGCCUGUGCUCGAGUAUGGCAUGCUGCCUCUGCACUCGGAGAGCGUUGUCCGCAAGGUCCAAAUCAUCAACACAGGCCCGAUCCCAGCCAAACUCGUGUGGAAGUUGCUCGAAUACCCCGACCCCGACAGCCUUGAGCGCGUUGUGGACCUUCGUAUCCAAGUUCUCGACAGCGGGAGCGCGCUCACGAUGGACCAGGGCCUUCAAGUGACGAUUCGACCGCACUUGCAAAAGGAAGCCUCGUCUCUGCCAUUCCAAGUCGAGCCCCAGGACAAGAUCGUGCCCAAACAUGGCCACGCUACGUUCCAAAUGACAUUCUUCCCCGCACGCAACACUGGCAUCGGACUCACGCGCGCGCUCUUGGUCGCGGAUGCCGAGUGGCUGCACAAUGACAAUGACGGCGUCGACCACGGCGCGUCAUCGGCGACACUCAGCAGCAGCGCGUCGGGGCAGACAGCGAUCACCGAUGGCAACACGUCGUCCGCCAAAAGCAUCAUGAUGGGUGCGGUCGGGAAGGCCCUCAAAGCCGUGCGCCUCACCAACUCGAUGGCCAAGUACAAGAACGGCUCGCUCAAUAUGAAGUCGUUGGCGUGCCUCAAACUGGCCAUGUCGGGGCAUUUGAUUCAGCCCCACUUGCACUGGGACAAGGGCACGACGUUGGGCGGUCUCCAGUGCUUGACGUUUACGACCUGGUCGCUGUACACCAAGGUGCCCGACCACCCGCUCCACACGCAGGCCAUUCAGCUUGUGAAUCGCAUGGCCACCAAGCUCACGUUUCGUCUCGAGACUUCUCCGGACACACCUUUUUACAUUGUCGAAGCCACGUCCGUGGCGACGCCACACCCGCUUAGCCCGAGUGUGCUGUCGCCUGCGCAGCGGUCCAUCAAGUUCAACCAGCAGCCAGCGCCCUGCUUCACCCUGGGACCGGGCCAGUCGGUGCACGUCAAGAUUCACUACAUUCCCAAGCUCCCGCCGCCCACAUCCAGCCGACGCGAGCCCGCCGUGGUGUUUGUUUCGGGUGCCCUUACGAUCCGGUUCAGCCAAGGAACGCUGCAGACGAUCGAGCUCCAAGGACGCAUCUUGCGCCCUAUCCUCGUCCUUGCGCCGUCCCACUUCAAGUUUGGUCUCGUACACUGUGAGCACCAUGAGACCGUCAAGAUCUUCCUCUCCAACCCCACCGAGGUCGAUGCGCAUUUCACGGUGCAUCAUGUGCCGCAGCUCGGGUCCAAGACCGUCGACGACCCUUCGGUGUUUCAACUCAGCCUCACAUCGGGCACACUGCGUGGUCCGUCGCUGCCACUGCACAACAGCGGCGCGCUCGUGCCGUCGCCAUCGCCGCAGUACCAAGCCGCGAUUCAUCGACCGCUCGAAGUGCUCGUGACGUUUGCGCCAAAGGCUGCCGCGUCAUACAAGUGUCGGUUCCACUUUAACGUCGAACUCGGCGACGGCUUUGACCUUGUCCUCGAAGGUCACGGGACGCUGGACGAAGGCAAAACGCAGAAGGUGUCGCGGUCGCUUCCGCGCGCGCAGCCACUUCGCCACUCGCAUUUCAUGUUUGGUGCCGUCUCCGAGUAGAUGAUGCAGCAUCGGACGACAACAUGUACAUACAUAUAAUUGACGAUAGUAAAAGCGGAGUUGAACAUGCCGGUG